AUGGCCGCGAUCGCCAGCUCCCUGAUCCGGCAGAAACGCCAGGCGAGGGAGUCGAACAGCGACCGGGUCUCGACCUCGAAACGUCGCCCCAGCCCCACCAAAGAUCCCCGCUCUAUCUACGAGAAGCAUUUCUUGGGGGUCUUCAGCAAAGUCCGUUUCUGCAGCGGCAAGAAAAGACCAGUUCGGCGGCGACCAGAUGCACCCUCGAAACCUCCACAGGUGUCCCAUAAGGGCUGCAGGCUAGAGCCGCAGCUGAAAGGCAUCGUGACGCGACUAUUCAGCCAGCAGGGCUUCUACCUGCAGAUGCUGCCGGAUGGAACCAUCGGCGGCAGCAAGGACGAGAACAGCGACAACACUCUGUUUAAUCUUAUUCCCGUGGGUCUGAGAGUGGUGGCCAUCCAGGGAAUGAAGAGUGGCUUCUACAUUGGCAUGAAUGGAGAGGGCAUGCUCUACAGAUCGGAGAUGUUCACACCUGAGUGCAAGUUCAAGGAGUCUGUUUUCGAGAACUACUAUGUGAUCUACUCGUCCACUGUGUACCGGCAGCAGGAGUCGGGCCGGGCCUGGUUCCUCGGCCUCAACAAGGAGGGACAAGCUAUGAAGGGCAACCGGGUCAAGAAGACUAAGCCCUCGUCACACUUUGUGCCCAGGCCCAUCGAAGUUUGUUUGUACAGGGAUCCGUCAAUGCAUGAGAUAGAGGACAAGCGCUCCAGGAAGAGCUCAGGGACUCCCACCAUGAAUGGAGGAAAAGCUGUCAAUCAGGACUCCACAUAGCAGAGGGGGGAGGGGCUUUCCAUAGGGGGCGUGGCCUCGUCCUGACUCAGGUGGUGGGGCAAAGGAAAACUCAGCACCACGCCCCAUAAAAAAUACGCAAUGCCAUCCCCUCUGCAUAAGAAAACAGGGUGUUGCGACGACGAGGAGCUACUACCGUACACCCAAGACAACAAAAACUGAACUGAACUAUUGCCUGUGAAAACCUUUGAGAUGAAUUAAUAUCAAUCAUGAGGAUAUAUAUAUAUAUAUAUUAAAAGAAGAAAACAUUUUCAAUCAGGACUUGAACAACAUUUUAUGCAAAAAAAAGAGAAAAAGCUGUUCUGAACAAACAAAGGAAUGGUGGUCUCUCUUCACACAAAUAUAUAUAAUUUCCAAUUUUUGCUGUGAAAAAUGAGCUUUAAUACAUGUUACAUGUUCAUACAUUGGUUUCUUUUCUAAAUGCGAUUGCACUCUCAUAUGAGUUGUUGUGUUAUUGUUGUCAGUAAUAACUCUAACAUCCUCAUCAUUUGUAAUCUGUUUCAUUCAAAUUACUAUCAUCGUUAUUUUGGCUUUAUUUUAAUUAUGAAAUGGGAGAAAGUGUUUUUUUUCUUCUUUAAGUCCUCUGAUUUCUCUCUCUCUCCCCUCGUUUGAUCUUGAAUGCAUUGUCGCACUAAAUGCUCUUGUGUGAGGGUAAGACUGAAUGUAUUUGAUAGUUCUCUGUGUUGGACUCCAAUGGAUGCAGAGUGCUUUGGGUGGGAUGUAAUUUACUCAGGUGUGUACUGUAAGUGUGACUAAUAGGACAGAUUGGGUUGUUUCAAGUUCUCCAACAUGAACUCCCCCAUACUGUUCGCCAAUGACGGGAGAAGACUGAUUCAAGCAAUACAAUAGAGAGCAGUAUGUCUCUAAAUAGGAGUGAAUGGUCGGUUUGUUUGUCAGGAGAGGAGACUGACAGAGAAAGUUGGACAAGUCGGUAAAAGUCUAAGUCAAGGAAAACUGUUUUGCUAUCACUUCGAUAUACUCCUUAACAUUGGAAAGAACUAUUAGGUUUUAAGUAAAAAGAUGUCCAAACUUGUCAAGAAAAAAAAUGAUAAGGUAAGGUAUUCUCACCAACAGCCAAGGGGAAGAUAACGACCAGCAUCAGCAAUAUGAGCCACGGCCAGAAAACGGUCACUUCACAUCUACACCUCAAGAAACACGGACCCCUUUCUCUGCUGUUAGCUCGACUAAAACAAAUAACCAUAGAGCAGUAUUCAUGCCUUUGAACGAUAUGGAUAAAAAACUCCAGCUGUUUCUUUCCAAGCAAGAGAAAGUGGUUUUUGGCAGGCGGGGCAGUGUGUUGGCUAGUUUUUAAGACUAUUUAUGUUAUUUUUAUUUCUCAAAAGUGGUGGACAGGGUGCCUGACUGUUUAAUAACCCUCUGACCUGACUGGUUGAUGUUUUCAAUAUGAGGUCGCAAUCAUUAAGACCGUCACAAUGGACGCAGAAUGUCUCAUUGAGGAACCAGUUCGUCUGGACUACGCCAGGUUUAAGGGAGGAUGUUCUACCCUGGCGGUUGGUUUCCUCUGACAUGGUAACCCAUCGAGUGUUCCCCUGGUUUUCUGACCCAUGAAAUGAGACAUUUGCUGCAUUGUCGAACGGAAGCUUCUCUUUCAUAAAUCAACAUGCUGACAGGGCGGUAUAAACAUGGUGAACUGAAUGGAAGGCAGCAUACAUGCGUGUGCUACGUAGCUCAUUCCUUAUCCCCAUUUAGUUUGUCUAACUCAGGAAGUCCUACAAUUGUUCCACGAAUGGGGCCAGACGUAAAAGACUGGCCGCUCGUCGUCCAGCACCCGUUGCACAAAGCCUGGCCCCCGGUGAGGUCAGGACGGGGUCGAUGGUGUUUUUAUCCUUAAAAAGUAGUGUACAGCUAAGCUUAGCCAGGUAAGGAAGGUUGGAAAAGGGAUGACAGGCGCCGAGAUGAGCAUGAACAUUGCAUGACUGUAAGACGAGAUGUAAGCUUGGUUCCAUUUCAAGGCGAGAGCUAAUGAAGGAGUAUAAAGUCCAAAAACCUUUUUAUGCAACGUCUUGAUCCAAGAGUUUCUAAUCUCUGCUAUGUCUGGUUGGAAAUUGUAUGCUCAUGUGGUAGUAUGUACAUUAAAUAGCACACAUUACAUUGCACAGAGCAAACUGCAGAGAUAUCAUAGAUCUGGUGUUCUACCAUGUGCCUGAGUCCAUAGCUGGUGCACGUAACAGUAGAUUAGUUCAACUUCCACAGCACCUACCUAACAGUGAUGCAUACAGUAUAUUAGACGCAAGACUGAAAGUCAACAGGCAAGACCAGCAUAUGAAAGUAUCUUUUUAUAGAGGUUUAUAUGGGUGCAAACGAGAUACAUGUGGAGUUAAAGCAAUGCAUGAAAUCGGAUGUACUCGAUGUCAACUGUUGACAGCAAAGUGAGAGGAUCUGAUGAAGGGAAGGAUAAAGGAAGAAGUAGAAGUAGUGUGAGAGAGCGGUAAAGGAGAGCACUUUUCAGGAGGUUUAUUGAUUUAUGAAAGGGUGACUAAAAGCUUUGGUUGUAUAUGAUAUGAAGUAUAGAAUUUAUUAUUUGUAUGUUUCCAGAUGAUUUCACUGCAUUGGAACACGCCCCAUAUAUGCAUUAUGAAUUGUGAGAUGAAAUAAAAAAGAAG